AUGUAUAGACAAAUACCUUUAUCUGUUGCGUUCAGUAGUGAAAACCCUGACGUCAAAAUAAAGGGGAACAGAGUAACGUUUAAGUUUCCAACAGACUGGAUUGUGAACAUAAAUAAAGAGAAGUACAUUGGCAUAACAUCUAUGUAUAUAACACGUGCUUUCAGAAAGGUUGACUUUAUACUUCAAGUCGAGAUAGAAAAUGACGAACAGUCUUUAAGCGCCCAAAACAUUCACAUAUACAAAUACUUUAAAGACGAUACAACAUUGCAACAAUGUAUGAUUUCAUUUAAUGAGAUGUUCGAGAAAAAGUUCAACAUUGAAGUACAAACUUUACAGCCUUUACGUGAGUUUCUUGCACAACUGAAAGAAGAAGGUAGUCAGCCACAACUUAUAGACUUUCAUUAUGAAUUUAAUGAAAAUGCUGAUGGAACUCAUGACUGUCAAUUCAUUGUAUUCUCACCAUUCAAUGAAGUAGCUAAAAAGAAAAAAAAUCCAUUACGUAUAA